AUGGAGACGGAAACGAAUCUCGGAGGAAGUCAAGGAUCCGUACGGAAACCGGAGCUGAAAUCAUACAGCCACAAGCAGUUUCACUCCACGAAUGCGUUAGAGAUCCUGAGGGAAUCCGUUCGAAUCAUGCGGUACAAUCUCGGUGCUUUCAUGUUAACCGCUGCCGUUUUGAUCUGUCCUGUCUCUGCUGUUCUCUUGCCAAACUUUUUAGUCGAUCAGUCGCUAGUGAGCAAACUCACAGUGAAGCUGCUCUUGGUGGCGAAGUCGAGUGGUCUCCCUUUGCAGCCUUUCGUGAAACACUCUUGUCAGAAAUUCGCUGAAACCGCUGUUUCGUCGGCAAUGUGUUUCCCUCUGUUCAUCACCGUGUCUCUCUUGUCUAAAACAGCCGUGGUUUACUCGGUGGACGCCACUUACUCAAGGGAGAAAGUCGAAACAAGCAAGUUCUUGGUUGCACUGCAGAAGCUAUGGAAGCGAGUUGUGUUCACUUACAUUUGGAUUUGCGUCCUGAUUGUUGGCUGCUUCACUUUCUUCUGCGUCCUCCUCGUGGCGAUAUGCAGCUCCUUCUAUGCUCUUGGCUUCUCUCCGGAUAUCAAUGUCUACGGAGCCAUCUUAGUCGGUCUAGCAUUCUCCGUAGUCUUCGCCAACGCCAUUAUAGUCUGCAACACAGCGAUAGUGAUCUCUGUUCUUGAAGACGUUUCAGGGGUAGGAGCGUUGGUGAGAGCUAGCGAUCUGAUCAAAGGGCAGAUUCAGGUUGGUUUGUUGAUAUUCCUCGGGUCGACGUUAGGUUUGGCGUUUGUGGAAGGAUUGUUUGAUCACAGAGUGAAGAAGGUGAGCUAUGGAGACGGGUCUUCGAGGCUAUGGGAAGGACCACUUCUGGUGUUGAUGUAUUCGUUUGUGACGCUUAUAGAUUCGAUGAUGAGUGCAGUGUUCUACUUUAGCUGCAGAGUUUAUUAUAGCAUGGAAGCUUCUUCGAGAGGCGGCGAAAUUCAGCCGAUCAUGGAAACCGUCGCGGUUGUGGAUGCUCGGUGA